GUCCGACAUCGACUCGACAAUACAGGCACUUUAAAGCCUCAAUCUUCUCCCGAAAAAUUUGUACAAAGUGCAUAGAAUAGGAAAACGAUAAUCUCGUGGCGCUCUAGCGGAGCUCCAUCUGCAUCUCGACACGCCUCUCUCAGCGCACACGACUCAAUCCCGUGUCCUUGAGCUCCCUUGCACCUUCCACAACUCUACAUAACAUCCAUCAAAAGGUCUUGUACAUAUAAAGCGCCGUUGAAAUGGCACAAAAAGCAAAGAAAGGCGUCGCGAAAGCGAACAUCACCACCCUCAACAACCUCCAUAUCAGCACCCUCACCGUCAACGUCUUCUUCAUCAUCUUCAGUCUUCUCUGGAAACGACGCUCCCUUCUCGCCUACUCCCUCUUCUCAAUCCCCUCCUUCAUCGCCGAAUUUGUCCUUGAACGGUCCGGCCGGCCAACAUUCGACCCUACCACCAAAGCUCUCAAAAGCUCCGGAGAGGAUCUCGCUGCGCCGGGAUUGACGGAGUACAUGUUUGAUAUCAUAUGGGUCACUUGGUUCUGUCUGGUCUCGGUGAUGCUCUUUGGGAAUUGGGGGUGGUUGGUUUGGGCUGUUGUUCCGGCUUAUGGGGCGUAUAAGGGAUAUGGGUUCCUGGGCAUGGCGAGGGGAUUGAUGGGCGGGGCACAGAUGGGACAGAUGCCAGAGGAGCAGAGUGUUGCUGCGGGGAAUAGGAAGCAAAGGAGGGCUGCUGCGUAGAGCGUGAUGGUAAAUGAAAUAAAACCAAUGGCUUAUUGCUUCUGGCCAAGAUCUCGGCUCAGCUCCGUCUAUUGGUCUAUUUCGAUACCCGAUACUCU